ACACAACAAAUCAAAGUAAUAAUAAUCUGAAUUAUAUUUACAUAUAUGCACCCUUUGGUUAAAAACUAAGAAGAAACCAAAAUGGGAAGUUCUACUAAUUUUAAUCCUUGCUACGUUCUCUUACCGUUUUUCCUUGUCCUAGCCGCGAAUGCAACACAUACAAACUUUUUCCUACCAAGGCCACGGACCGGGUAUUACGGUAGUGCAUGCUGGAAUGUAGAAUCGAUAGUGCGGUCCGUGGUCGAGUCUAACUAUCUUGCUAAUCCAGCUAAUGCUCCGGGCAUUUUGCGUAUGCACUUUCACGAUUGUUUCGUCCAAGGCUGUGACGCCUCCGUUCUCCUAGCCGGACCUAACUCCGAGAGAACGGCGAUUCCAAAUCUAUCGUUGAGAGGGUUUAAUGUCAUCGAAGAAGCUAAGACGCAGCUUGAGAUCGCUUGUCCUCGAACUGUCUCUUGUGCUGAUAUUCUCGCACUCGCUGCACGCGACUUCGUCCAUUUGGCCGGUGGACCAUGGUGGCCAGUUCCAUUGGGGCGACUCGAUGGCCGGGUUUCGCUAGCCUCGAAUGUCAUUUUGCCGGGACCUACCGACUCCGUUGCCGUACAGAAGCUGAGGUUCGCCGAAAAAAAUCUUAAUACCCAAGAUCUCGUUGUCCUUGCUGCUGGACACACGAUAGGAACGGCCGGGUGUGUUGUGUUUAGGGACAGGUUCUUCAACUACGACAACACAGGAAGUCCGGACCCAACCAUCGCCCCGAGUUUCGUCCCUCAGAUCCAAGCUCAAUGUCCUCUGAACGGUGACCCCGCGACUCGUGUAGUGCUGGACACGGGAAGUGGAGACCAAUUCGAUACGUCGUACCUUAACAACUUAAGGAACGGUCGAGGUCUCCUCGAGUCUGAUCAGGUCCUAUGGACUAACCCCGAGACCCGACCCAUCGUGGAACGGCUUCUAGGACUACGAUUUCCGUUUCUUAUUUUCGGACUGGAGUUCGCGAGGUCCAUGACCAAGAUGAGUCAGAUCGAGAUCAAGAUUGGUUUGGACGGGGAGAUUCGUAGGGUUUGUUCUGCGGUUAACUGAUUAAAAUAAAAUUAAUUAACCAUU